GGGGAACGGAAGUAAACGCAAGCGGCCAAUCACAGGGCCCGAAAUUCGGUUCUGCUUGAGCCCGAACUAUUGCCCGAUGAUGAGUUAACCGCCCAUGUGAUAAUAACGUCCAGCUUAUAGCCUGCUCUCCAUUUCAUCUCCCCACCUUCCUCUCCAAAUUCUCUCGGUUUCGCUGAACAUAUUUUAAACAUGGCCACGAAACAGUUGAAGGAGUUUACUCGAGAGGAGGUUGCACAGCAUAACAAACCGGACGAUUUGUGGAUUAUCAUCGACGCGAAAGUGUAUGAUGUCACGCGGUUCAAGAACAUGCAUCCGGGAGGUGCAUUUGUUUUCUUAGACGAGGAGCUCAUGGGUCAGGAUGCUACCGAGACGUUCUACGGCCUUCACCGACACGAGGUGCUCGAGAAGCCACAGUUUAUCCGUCUUGUCGUCGGAACUAUCAAGGACGAGAAGCCUCAGAUUGUCGGACGUGUCCCUGGCGCCUUGAGCAAGGUGCCUUACGCCGAGCCGACGUGGUUGUCGGAAGGUUAUCACAGUCCUUACUUCACUGAGAGCCACAAACGCUUCCAAAAGGUUGUCCGUAAAUUCGUUGAUGAGGUUGUCUUCCCUGAUGCAAUGGCGAGAGAGGAAGAUGGAAAGCGACCUAGCUUGAGUGUUAUUGAAAAGAUGGCAGAGCUCAAUAUUCAUGCGAUGCGUAUGGGCCCCGGAAAGCACCUCAAGGGCCUCAAACUCAUGAAUGGCCUUAUUACUCCCGAAGAAUUCGACUACUUCCACGAGCUCAUCAUCAAUCAAGAAUUCGCCCGUCACGGUCAACGUGGGUAUGGCGACGGACUCAACGCUGGUGGUAUCAUUGGUCUCCCGCCCGUUAUGAACUUCGGUUCGCCCGAGAUUCGAGACAAGGUGGUGCCGGAAGUGUUUUCAGGGAAGAAAUUCAUCUGUUUAGCUAUUUCGGAAGCCUUUGCGGGGAGUGAUGUUCAGGGACUAAAGACAUAUGCGAAGAAGACUGAGGAUGGCAAGUUCUGGAUCGUCAAUGGAACGAAGAAAUGGAUCACGAAUGGAACGUUCUGCGACUACUUCACAGUAGGUUGCAGGACAGAUGACGGCUUCACUGUCAUUCUCGUCGAACGUGGCGAAGGCGUCGAGACAAAGCCCAUCAAAACUGCAUACUCUCCAACUGCAGGAACUUCCUACAUCACGUUUGAAAACGUCAAGGUGCCGGUGGAGAAUACCCUCGGACCGGAAGGUGGAGGAAUCUUCGUCAUGUUGAGUAACUUCAACCAUGAGCGGUGGAUGAUCUGUUGUUCGGCUGUACUGGCGCAAAGGCUUUGUGUUGAAGAGUGUCUCAAGUGGACGAAUCAAAGAAAAGCAUUCGGCAAACCUUUGAAUUCUCAAGCAGUCGUCCGUAGCAAGAUUGCUGGAAUGAUUGCCCGUUUGGAAAGUGGUCAGGCGUGGUUGGAGAACAUCACUCACCAGAUGAACAACAUGUCGUACAAAGAACAAUCCAAAUACCUCGCUGGCCCUAUUGGUCUCCUGAAGAUGUACCUCACUAGGUCAGGCCAAGAUACCGCCCGGGAUGCAGUGCAGAUCUUCGGUGGUCGUGGUAUCACCAGGACGGGCAUGGGCAAGUACAUCGAACAUUACCACCGUGCCGCUCCCUUCGAUGCCAUCCUCGGAGGAGCUGAAGACGUCCUGGGAGAUCUUGGCGUCCGUCAAGCUAUCCGAAACAUGCCCAAGAACGCUCGACUAUAAGUUGAUUUAAAGUCAAUUGUCCUGCUACCCUAGGUCCUACUUGUUAUAUUCAACUAAGACUGCUGGGACGAUCGGUUAUUGAUCGAAGGUUCGGAAGGGUGAAUUACACUACUAUCCUUGUUGUAUCGUUAUUGUAUGUUUAUCUGUGUAAUGUGCAUGGGGCUUGUAUACCAUGGAUGCAAUACAAUAACAUUGUAUGCAGCAUCUCCAGGCCA